UCCCUUUGGUCUUUCGAUUCUUACCACCCUCAUAGCCUACAGUCGUCGAUCCGGCGUCAUGUGUCCCGAAGCCAACGCCAACUAUUCGGAUCCUGUGGCAGCGUCCAGCUCUUACAGCGCCGGCGGAGGCGUUGGCUCCAACAGUAGCGUGAACAACAACGGAGGCGGAGGCUGUGGUAACAGCAGCAAUAACAACAGCGUCAAUUUCACUGCUCUGGAUGGUCCAGUUCUCGAUGCCGGUGUUUAUCCUCCGCCUGCUUACGUCAGAAUGCCUCCCGGACAUUUGACGCAGGGCUAUCCACCUCUUCAGGCCACCUCGUCUGCGAUUGUACAGACCUCGACUCAAUCUCAUUCAAUCUACUCCCAGCCGGCUCCUUCCACCUCGUGUCCGCCCCAACACUCUCAGGCCCAUCUGACCACUGGACAGCUUCAUCCACAGCAUCAACACCAACAUCAUCUGCACCAUCAACAACAGAUGAUGGUCUCCUGCGAUGGACUGGUCAACAGCUCGCAGAUGUCGAUGUUUUCCAAUUCGGUCUCAGAAAACAUGGCUCUGUUCGCCAAUGGUCAAACCGGCCCACCCGUCCGCCUCGUGCCCUCCUCUCAGCACCGUCACGCAUCCAGCACCAACAAUGCAGGCGGCGUCGCUUCUUACCCGGCCUCCGGUCUGGGCCCCGAAUUCCCCACCGCCGGACUUGGACCCAGGUGUUAUCCAUUGCCAUCGGAAUCCGGCUGGCAAACAGGCGGGGACUUUUAUCCCAGCCGAGGACACGCCAGACUGGGCUCGGCUCAACCACCAUUUCAGCAUCACACCGCCUCAUUGUCUGCCUCCGUGACGGCUCCACCGGCUACCGCCAAUCUGCCCAGUUUGAGUGGGGCAACGAGGGCUCCGCGAUCUCCACUUUCGCUACCGCCCGAUCCCACGACCUACUCUGGCCAGACGUCGAUCUCACAAGCGCAAGCACAAGCACAAGCACAAGCACAGGCACAAUCACAUCAGCAACACCUCCAGCUCCACUCCACU